AUGUCGAACGGCAUGGGAUUUCAGGAGCAGCAUUCGAACCACAACGCGAACAACGCAGCAACGAUGAUGCGCGGGAAUGUCUCCAUGACCCAAAAACAAAUCGAGACUCUGAGGAUACAAAUUGCUGCUUACGAAACCCUCUCUGAACAACUCGCUGAGAAGUACAGCGCACACCGUGCCGCUCGCCAAGCUCCUCCUCAAGUGAUGUCAGAGGUGGUUAAGCCGGUAAAUAUGUAUGGAGGAGACACAUCAAAGGGAAUAUUUAACAUGAAGCCGAGGUGGACUCCAACAACUGAGCAGCUUCAGAUCAUGGAGAAAAUAUUUAAGCAG